CAUUGUGGUCACAAGACCCGGUCGCAGUCACAAUGGUCGCAGUCUAACAAAUCUCCACAUAUUUUAUUGUUAAUUUUAUUGUUUCUAUAUAUUGUUUUUGUUGUAAAAAUAGAAAAAAUUACAGACAAAAAAUAAUAAUUUCCUAGUACGUAGUAUGUAUGUAGGGUUUUCUGCUUUUUUGGCGGCACGGCAUAAUAUAACUUACAGCACGUGCACUGGAAGGACCCCACAGAUAUUUACCAAAACAACCUGCGACUGCGAGGCUGCAUCUGUGUUGUCGUCUGUAGGUCUUUCAGUGCUAGGUGUGAGAACAUUUGUGGAUAUAUAUUUAGUAAGAAUAGUGUUAUCAGUACAAUAAUAUAUAUUUAUAUUAUAGUUCCCAAGUUGUACACUGUUCAGCAAUGCUUCCAAUGCUGUGGCCCUCCACCUUUUUGAUUUAAAAGUGUUCUAAUUAAAUACAUCAUCCUGACUUUAGAGGCGUAGGUAGUGCGUGAUCUUCGACAAUUCCUCGAUAGUAUAGAUUGUAACCUUGACCAAUAUAAACCCGUUAACGGACACACCAGUGUACCGGUGAGGACAAUUGUUUUACUAAGAGAGGCUUUUAAUACGACCGGUAUAGUAUAUACUAAUUCACGCUACCCGAUCACAAUGAACACAUCGACAACAAUAGACACCACCCCAGACAAAGAAGGGCAGGUGCCAGGCAAUGCGGUGAUUGUGGGGUUUGUAGACGACUUUGCAGAAAAUGAGGAGAAGGACCUGUUCCCCUCAAAGACCGGGGGUAAGCCUGAAUGGCUUUGCAUGCCACAUGUCCCUGCGAGUGCCCUGUUGAUGUGUCCUGAGUGCGACAACCCCAUGUGCUUUCUCAUGCAGUUGUAUGCACCAUUCGAUGAUAAGCCAGAGGAAGCGUAUCACCGCACAUUGUAUGUGUUCUAUUGCAGAGAGAAGACCUGUCAGACUAAGCAAUUCGAGGCCCAGACGGCCAUACACACACAGCUACAAUCACACAAACACAGUUUAGACAAUAAAUCGCAGAAUAUAGAGGAUGACAACACAGCCACAAGUAAUGAAGCAGAUGAGAUGCUGUGCACCAUGCGUGCGUUGAGAUGCCAACUACCUCGAGAUAAUCAGUACUACACAGACACAGACACUCCCGCACACAAACCACACAGCCUACUUGUGCCAAAACUGUGCAUUGUGUGCGGUGCACGAGGCGAUAAGGUCUGCGGGUCGUGUCAUGACAUAAACUACUGCUCACGUGCACAUCAGAGGCUACACUGGAAGCGGUAUGGCCAUAGCAACACGUGCACAGGCAAGGAGACACCCACUACAUCCACCCCCAAAGUACAAUCACCCGAAGACAAGCAGGUGAUUGCCCGCACAGUGCUGCGGGAGAUGGAUAUAUACAGCGACGAAGUGGUCCGUGCAGAGGCUGACGAAUCAGACUUAGACAGUAGCGAUGAGAGCGAUGAGGAUGAGGGGGCCUCGGAGGGGGUCUCGGCUAGGGUCAAGAGCAAGCGAUGGGAAGACUAUCUUCUGAUGGUGGCGGAACUAAAUGCCAAGCGAGCACGUGAGGGCAUGGAUCCACUAGACAAGGAGGAGAUCCCCUUUGACGACGCCAAAGUGUACAAGGAUAGAGCCUUCCUAGCAUUCCAACGUGAGGUAAAAGCCACCGGUGCCGAUCAAGUGCUGCGCUAUGUGCUCGAGAAUCACACGAACACUGUGUGGGUUAACGCAGACACUAUGCCUCCGUGCACUGUCACAGCCAUCGACGGCAGAGACAAGUUGCUGAGUGAUGCUGUACCGAACUGUCAGCGGUGUGGGGCGGCGCGUGUACUGGAGUUGCAGAUUCUGCCACAGAUGCUGUACCACCUGCGGCUGGAUGACGAGUGGGGACUUCUGAGUGUGUACACGUGCUCACAGUCGUGUGCACCGGAAACUCAGGGUGAGUACUCGUUGGAGUAUGUGUUUAGGCAAGACAUCGGUACAACGGCAACGUAUGAACUGCCAAUGGGCGACGCAAAGGUAGGCUCAGCGAAGGUAGCCAACAGGGGUGGCAAUAUUGCCAGCAUUAGUGAGUCAUCAACGGAAGCAUAGAGUGGCGUAUACGCCAAACAAGGAAUAGAGUAUAAGCCAAGCAAUGUGAAACAAUUUUAGUAAAUAAUAAACCUUACAAGCCAAACAAGAAAUAGA